AUGUCUGACUGCUCUGAUCCAGCAAUCCGCGAAGCAUACGAGGAGGUUCGCAAGGAUGAUAUCGACACAAAUUGGCUCCUUAUCACAUACGCUGAGGGCUCAGAUAAGGUUUGGACACUUGUUGGCAAGGGCAACGGAGGCCUUGAUGAACUUAAGGAGCACCUCAACGAGAACUUCCGUGGUUUCGGCUAUCUCCGUUGCACAACUGGCGAUGAGCUCUCUGUUCGCUCCAAGUUCGUUUUCAUUACAUUCUGCGGUGACAAGGUUCGCCUCAUCCAUCGUACCAAGCUUACAGUUCACAAGGCAGAUGUCAUUCGUGUCAUUGAACAGAUUUCAAUCUCUGUUGAUGUUUCACAUGUUAACGAUCUUACAAUGGAGGACAUCAAUGCUCGCCUCAACAAAGCUGGUGGCGCCCACUACACAAACUAA